AUGAAAUCUGAAGACGCGCUUCGGCGCGCAGUCAAACGAGAACGCUCUCUCUCGGAUGAAGCCCAAGAUUGCAAAAGGGCCCGGCAAUCCUCUCCCCCAGCCGAACCUGUGUUUGGACGUCUCCAAGUCACCGCUGAUGCUGAUGGCAUCAGCCAAGUCACCAACAAAUGCCCCGACCAGGCAGUCGUCGACUUCAUAGCGGACGAUGCAUUUGCCUCGUACGGGCCACGCGAGCAGGCCUACAAAAUGCUCGACAAGAUGAUGGAGCACGGCAAUGGGGAACGCCCUCCGAAAUGCCUCCUCCACUGCCCCUGGGAGCCGUCUCUUCUACCACCUCUGAAGCCGCCUCCUCCGACAUCUCUGGAAUCGGUACCUUCACUCCCUCCUUCUCCCAAGCAAGGUGCGACGGAAUCAGCCGCCAGGUCCAGUCGUGCUUCAUCUAUACAGAUCAAGAGCGAAGUGAGUCCUGGAGUGGAGACUGGUCGACAGGCCACCGACAAGGUCGAGAGCAGCAAUCGCCAAGUGGCGCGACCGGCUGGCCCCAAGACAGUUCGGCAGGCCCCUGCCCAAGACAAUGAUCGCCAAGUUGUGCAAAAGUUCGGAAUUAAUGAUCCUAUGCCUUCCCGAGAGUCGCCGGGAGACAUGGCUAUUGUCCCUGCCAGCGAAUCCCAUCCUCAGCAAUCGAGAAGACAAAAAGAUAAACGGUCGCGAAACAAUAACCGUGGUCAAACCAAUAAUAACAACCGCCAUGUCUACCAGUCCAGGCCAGAUCCAAACACUCACAUCAUGUUCCGGAGGAUGGGUUCUAGGGAACCUUACGACUUCCAGCAGUGGAACGAACAAUGCGCCAACAUUAUCUGUGGCAGUUGCUCGGCCCGGGGCCAUCACCUCUUGGAUUGCGUUGGGCCCGACGCCAGAGGUGAUUUGGUGGGCUGCCCGUUCUGCAACACCAAGGAGCACGUCAUGGACCUCUGUCCGCAGCAGCCCUCUUUCGAUGGAUGGGGUGGGCGUAUAUUCUCAUCUACGGUCGGGCCAACAAGCCGCUGCUGA